AACCCAAUUUCCCUGUCUUCCUCGCUUCCCCAAGGAAAACUGCGAAAUAUGAGCGUGAAGGAGCUGCCAAGGAAAGAAGCUAAUGUGCUAAAUGGCCACGAAGGUGCUGUAUUAGCGGCGAGAUUCAACAGCGACGGCAAUUAUUGCCUGAGCUGCGGCAAAGAUCGAACCAUCCGUCUUUGGAACCCGCACCGCGGCAUCCACAUUAAAACCUACAAAGCUCACGGCCGCGAAGUCCGCGACGUUCACGUCACCCCAGAUAACUCCAAGUUGUGUUCUUGCGGUGGAGACAGACAAAUUUUCUUUUGGGAUGUCUCAACUGGUCGUGUUAUUCGCAAGUUUCGCGGCCAUGAUGGCGAGGUGAAUGCUGUGAAGUUUAACGAGUAUGCAUCAGUGGUAGUAUCCGCAGGCUAUGAUCGAUCAUUGCGUGCUUGGGACUGCAGGUCUCACAGCACUGAGCCGAUACAGAUAAUUGACUCAUUUUUGGACACUGUCAUGUCUGUAUGUUUAACAAAGACUGAAAUUAUUGGUGGGAGUGUUGAUGGAACUGUUCGAACAUUUGAUAUACGUAUUGGUAGAGAAAUAUCAGAUGACUUGGGGCAACCUGUCAACUGUAUCUCAAUGUCAAAUGAUGGUAAUUGCAUAUUAGCCAGUUGCUUGGAUUCUACUUUACGCCUUUUGGACCGGUCCACAGGUGAACUAUUGCAAGAAUAUAAAGGACAUACUUGCAAGUCCUAUAAAAUGGAUUGCUGCCUAACCAACAAUGACGCCCAUGUAAUUGGUGGAUCUGAGGAUGGCUCGAUUUUCUUCUGGGAUCUGGUAGAUGCAUCUGUGGUUUCAAAAUUCCGAGCUCAUUCAUCAGUGGUAACAAGUGUGAGUUACCAUCCAAAAGACAACUGUAUGAUAACCUCCUCAGUGGAUGGCACUGUUCGAGUUUGGAAACAAUGAGAUUAUGGAGCAAUCAGAGGUGGCCAUUUAUUAAACUGCAUUUGUUAAUAUAGUUGCAAGAAUGUUGGAGGUUCGGCAUCUGACAUUUAGAUUGCCUUUUAAAUUGUUGUUUAAUGAUGGAACCAGAUAUUUCUAAAGAUUUAUUCGCGAAUGAACUUGUUUGGUUCCUGAGAUUUCUUGUGUGGUCCCGAAUUCUACGAUAAAUCUUGCUUAGAACUCUUUUAGUUUAUGUAGAUUCCUGUAGUAAACGGACAUUGGAACAGAAGAAAAUCAUUCUUCUGUUAUUUGGUGUCAUCAGCUUGAUUCAUACAUCCCUUUUGUAAUUGGUUUAAAAAACAGAAAAAAAAAGGGGAGCUUAGUCAGGUGGCUUAUGCUAUUACUCUUAAAA